AUACCCCAUAGGGAGGAGCGCGUUUGCAUGUGCCAGAGACUUGCAUUUGCAGAUGUGAACACUUCCGAUUUCAAACUUUUCAAACUUUUUUUUGGAGAACAGAACCACCAAAAAAGUUUCCAAAAAAAUGGCAAUCCUGUCUCAUUUGACGACAGCAUGUUUGAAGAAUCUGCAAGGCGACCGGCUAAAUAAGCAGCUGUCUUUCAUUCUACGCGCAUUGCACAAGUCAGCAGCCAGCGAGGCUUUUGGGAUGUCCGCGGCUGGAGAAGAGGCCAUGCCUGACAGGCUGAUCCCACCGGCGGCUGUCGGCGAGAAAACCAGAAUCAAGACCCUGAAGGAGAUGCCUGGACCCAGCACCUUAGGCAACUUGAUCGAGUUCAUCUGGAGAGACGGUUUCAGCAGAAUCCAUGAGAUUCAGAUGGAGCACAGGAAGCAGUUCGGCAAAAUUUUCAAAUCCCGCUUUGGGCCCCAGCUGGUGGUCUCAGUGGCCGACCGUGACUUGGUGGCGGAGGUUCUGAGGGCUGAGGGUGUUGCCCCUCAGAGAGCAAACAUGGAGUCCUGGAAAGAGUACAGAGACAUGAUAGGCAGUUCCACUGGCCUCAUCUCAGCUGAGGGAGAAGAUUGGCUGAAGAUGCGAAGCGUGCUCAGGCAGCUCAUCAUGCGUCCCCGUGACGUAGCAGUCUUCUCUGAUGAUGUGAACGAAGUGGUAGAUGACCUCAUCAAGAGAGUUUGUAUUCUGCGCACCCAGCAGCCUGAUGGAGCAACUGUCGUCAAUGUGAAUGACCUCUUCUUCAAAUAUGCCAUGGAAGGUGUGGCAGCUAUUUUGUACGAGUCCCGACUCGGCUGUUUGCAAAAUAAGAUUCCCCAGGAAACCCAAGACUACAUCAGCGCGCUGCACCUCAUGUUCAGCUCCUUCAAGACAACCAUGUAUGCCGGGGCCAUCCCCAAGUGGCUCCGACCUAUUAUCCCCAAACCAUGGGAGGAGUUCUGUCUCUCCUGGGAUGGCCUCUUCAAAUUCAGCCGUCUUCACGUUAAUAAGAGGCUUGCAGAGAUCAAGGGACAGCUGGAGCGAGGAGAGGACGUGAAGGGGGGACUGCUCACACACUUGCUCAUUACCAAGGAGAUGACCAUGGAGGAGAUUUACGCCAAUUUAACGGAGAUGCUACUGGCUGGGGUCGACACGACAUCCUUCUCCCUGUCCUGGGCCAGCUACCUGUUAGCACGGCACCCUCAUAUACAGCAGCAAAUCUUUAUGGAAGUGAAGAACACUCUGGGACAAGGAGCAGUAGCCACAGCCGACGAUAUCCCUCGCCUGCCUCUCAUCAGAGGGCUGGUCAAAGAGACACUCAGGCUUUUUCCAGUUCUCCCUGGCAACGGACGGAUUACCCAGGAUGACCUGGUGGUGGGCGGAUACUUCAUCCCUAAAGGGACUCAGUUGGCCCUUUGUCACUACGCCACAUCUUUCGAAGAAGAGAACUUUGCCGAAGCUUCUGAAUUCCGACCGGAUCGCUGGAUAAGGAAAGAUUCCACGGAUCGUGUCGACAACUUUGGCUCGAUUCCCUUUGGCUACGGCAUCAGGAGCUGCAUUGGCAAGAGAGUGGCAGAGUUAGAGAUGCAUCUAGCUCUCACAAGGCUCAUUCAAAGGUUCCGCAUUGGCAUGUCUCCUCUCACCGACGAUGUCAAGGCCAAAACCCACGGCCUGCUCUGCCCUGCAACCCCGAUCCACCUGCAGUUCAUCGACCGGGAAAACUAGACUCAGACUCCAUAAGUUCUGCUGUACUGUAUGAUUUUUUUUUUUAAAGCACUGAUUCAUCAUACUUUUUUUUUUUUAAUACACCUUCUAUUGUUGGGUUGUAGAUACAAAUCUGAGACUGAGGUUUUACUCAGGCAAUGUGUCUCAAUGUCUCCUGUUUGUUAUUAAGGAGGACACAAAAACAGUACUGGACCACUAAUGUAAAGAUAGCUGUCCAUAGUAUGUUAUACGUAUGUAGUGAAUUCCCCUGCAGUUCGGCCUGUUACUCCUUCCAUGUAUUCAAUUCAAAAGAAUUUCGGAAAAAUGAACUUUAAUCUUUAAAUUCAAACUGUAUUUUAAUUAUAUCAAUGUGCAUACGUAUAUAUGUAAAGUGUGCACACACCUUAAUACAUAAUCAUGCUUUUUCCUUCCUAAAUUUGAGAAAGCAAUUCACUAAGAAUGUUGAAAGGCAGGAAUGUACUGAGAAUGAGCUGUUUUAAGAGGUCCAGCAUGUAUGUAUAUAAUGAGAUUUAUUUUAAGAUGUGUGAAUACAAGCAUUUUACCGGCAUGUUGGAUAUUUAGAUUUUAUUGAGAGGGUUAACGUAUGUCACUGAACAGCUAUUACGAAGGAUCACACUGGUUUGAAUGGAAGGAAAUUUUACAUCUUUGUAUUUAUCUGCUCUUUUAUCUUUCUGUAUCCUUUUUUUAAUGUAGUUCCAGUUAAAACUU